AACUUUCUGAGAGAGCAAAACCAACCUGGAUCAGCAAAAGACCCCACCCCCAUCUUCAAGAGCAUAACUUCUGAAUAUCUUCCGUUGGAGAGACAAAAAGAUGGAGAAGAUGGAAAAUGAAGGGCGGAACCUCAAGAGAUUGGUCCUGGUCCCUGGACCAUUCCAGGGCCACCUCACUCCCAUGCUUCAGCUGGCGACCAUCCUCAAGUCCAAGGACUUCUCCAUCACAAUUGCUCAUACACUGUUCAACAGUCCGGAUUCCUCUGCUCACCCCGAUUUCACCUUCCUAUGCAUACCGGACGGCUUGUCCGAACAAGAGGUUGGGAAUCCUGAUCUGGUAUCCAUUAUGCGGAGGGUUAAUGACAACUGUAAGUUCAGCUUUAAGGAGUGCCUAAUUCAGGGCACAAACCAUACCAAGCUGGGUGACAAGAUCUGUUGCAUCAUCUACGAUGCGAUCGUGUACUUCUCGGAAGCGGUUGCCCGCGAUUUGAAGAUUCCUAGCAUUGCUUUCCACACGAGCAGUGCUGCUACCACCGCAGUCCGCCCAAUUCUUAUCCAGUUAAUGGCACAAGGGCACAUCCCUGCCCCAGGUACCAUGUUGGAGGUUCCAGUGCCCCUGCAUCAGCCCCUCAGGUUCAAAGACCUACCAAUCUUCAAUGUUGGAAGUUUAGACUAUUUCUUGGAGGGGGUAGCCUUGACUUAUAAUCUCAGAUCGUCUUCGGCCAUUAUACUUAACACUGUUCACUGCCUUGAAGAGUCACUUCUGGCGCAGCUCCGCCAGAAGUACCAAGUUCCGAUUUUUCCAAUAGGCCCUCUACACAAAUUCUCUCCUACCUCGGCUGUUAGCUUACUGCAAGAGGAUACUGGUUGCAUUCCAUGGCUUGACAAGCAAACUCACAAUUCAGUCAUUUAUGUGAGUUUGGGAAGCGUAGCACAUAUGAACCAAGACCAAUUGUCUGAAAUGGCUUGGGGUCUGGCAAAUAGCAAGGAGCCUUUCUUGUGGGUUAUUAGGCCUGGCACAAUUCCAGGUUCGGAAUGGACAGAGUCGAUGGAUGAAGAAUUCGAAGAAUGUGUGAAGGACAGGGGAUGCAUUGUGAAAUGGGCACCUCAGAAGAAAGUACUGGCUCAUGAUGCGGUGGGAGGGUUUUGGAGCCACUGUGGAUGGAACUCCACCUUGGAGAGUAUAUGUGAAGGCGUUCCGAUGAUAUGUCAACCAUGCUUUGGCGACCAAAAGGUGAAUGCGAGGUACUUGACUCAUGAAUGGAUGGUUGGCCUAGACCUGGAAGGUGAGAUAGAGAGAGGGGCAGUAGAAAGAGCUGUUAGAACAUUGAUGAAGGAAAAGGAAGGUGAAGAGAUGAGGCAGAGGGUCUUGGAUUUGAAGCACAAGGUUGAUGUUAGCAUAGGUGAUGGUGGAUCUUCUUGCCAUUAUCUGAGCGAGCUAGCCGAGUUGCUGACAUCGUUCUAGCAGCACAGAGUUGUUUGCUACUAAAGCACUGCACAGAAUGAAGUAUGUGCACUGCUGAAAGUGCAGAUUUGGUCUUCUGACGUUAAAGAACAGAAUAUAACAGAUAUGCUUAGAUGCAAUGAUGAAAUUUGUUGGCUUGUCGUAUGCAAGUUUGUGUUGGAGCAAUCUUUGUUUUCUUUCUAACCAGCGGAGCUGAUCUCAGUGGCUCAGAUUCACUACUCCUUCCACUUGUUCGAGAUCAGUUAGGGCUGUCAAUUUAUGUCUGUCACGUUAGAAUUGUAUCUUGUCAAACUUAGUUUACCCCAACAUGACCCUUUUUAUUCGUUAUGUCACAAUGGUGAAAUCUAAACACGAUAUGCUUAAUGAAUGCGUUGUACGACAUGAUGUAUUUACUAUGU